AUGUCACGGCCGGCCAGGGUGACUUAUGUCCACCCUGACAAGUUCAAGGCUGUCUUUCCAACUCUGAAACCCACAGUAUACAACGAUCCUAACACGGCUCGAACUCCAGGAAAUCUGAGAACGAUAGCAUGGAAUCCACUAGGGACAUGGGUCGCAACAGGGUGUACAGACAAAACCCUUCGCGUAUGGAAUGUGGACAAGCCCAACGUCCGCCAGUCGACUGAACUCAAAGGUCAUACCGCCGCCAUUGAGAAGGUUGGAUUCAACCCAGUCAAGGAGUUAGAACUAUGCUCGGUGAGCAGUGACGGAACUGUCAAGUUCUGGGAUGUCAGAACACGUAAUAUCAUUAAUGAGGUUAAGGGCCUUGGAGAGGCGUUCACUCUUGCCUGGGCUCCCGACGGCGAAAGUCUGGUAGUUGGCAACAAGGCGGAUAUGUUGUUUGUCCUAUCGCCAACUCAGAGCACACCAUUGGCAUCUCAUCAGCAAAGUGUCCAGACCAACAAUAUCAGUUUUUGCUGGAGCGGAAAACGGAUAUAUGCCACCACUUCAGAUGGUUAUACUAGGAUCUUGCAAUAUCCAAGCCUUGAGCCAGCCUUUCUCUACGACUACAAGGAGCCAAAAGAUGCAGAGAUGAAACUUCGCGGCCACACAUCUGCUUGCACUACUGUGGAAAUACAUCCCAUGAACAGAUUUCUUGCCACUGGCGGUAACGAUUCGCUCAUCUCUUUAUGGGAUACGGAAGAAUGGAACUGCCAGAGGACCAUCACGAAGAUGGUUGGACCCAUCAAGAGCAUUAGCUUUUCAUUUGAUGGGCAUUGUAUUGUAGGUGGCAGCGACGAAGGCAAUGCUAUGGAAUUCACCAAUUGCGAAACGGGAGAGCAUCUGUUCACAUACAAGACAGCGUCUCCGUGUUCCCUAGUGGCUUGGGCACCCAAUCGAUAUGCGCUUGCAUACUGCGAGCUCGGGACCCUUCGGAUCAUCAGCGCUGGGUCGAAGUAG